UUGUUCUACUGACAGUAGCAAUCCAGAAUCACGAGUCUCCUGGUGGAAGAACGGUCACGAGGUGAUAUCGGAUCGUGUUCAGAUUGUCAGUUCGGACUUUGAAGGGUAUUCAACCACCAGCUCUCUGAAACUGUGGGCUACUCCGAAGGAUGAUGGGGCUGUUUUCACAUGCUUCGCCUCCAACGGCGUCACUAACAGUGCUCCAAGGGACGACUUCGUUCUGUCGGUUCUAUGUUGACAAACCGGAAUUCAUGGAGUCGUUGAAGAACGUUGUUGUAUUGGAAGGCGAGUCAGUUACUGUCAAUAUGUCAGCUAAAAGUAAUCCUGGUACAGUUAGGUACUACUGGAGUCGUGCUGGUGUUCCAAUUACUCUUGUCCAGGAAGUGGUAACCGGUCACACUGUGAAUCCACGAAUUAAUGCAGAAGGUCCGGUGCUCCUUCUCAGAGACGUGAGUCGGAAGGAUUCUGGGAACUUGCACUGUGUUGCUGAGAAUUCAGAAGGAUCAUCGAACGCGACAGUAGAGUUAAAUGUUUUGUAUCCGGCUACAAUUCUUAAUCUCACGGAAAAUCAGAUGGCUGUAGAAGGAGAGAAUGUCACGCUAGGAUGUUGGAUAGACGCUAAUCCCAUAACUUACGGAUCAAUAUCGUGGAAAAAAAAAGGAUCGCAAGCUGUGCUACCCAGCAAAUCUCUCGUGUUGGGGAGAUCGUUCUUAGAACUGAUCAAAGUGACCCGAGACGUGGCCGGCAUCUAUGAAUGUAAUGCUUACAAUGGCAUCGGUCUUAAGGACGUUCUGUCUGUCGAAGUUGUGGUGAUGUACAAGCCAGUGAUCCUUGAACCUGUAAUACAGUACAAUUCUGAUUCCCAAGAUGGUGCUGGUGUUACUAUGAGCUGUACUGUAGACGCCACGCCGAACGUUACCAUAACUUGGUACUUGGGAUCCCAGUUAAUCAGCUGGACUGCAACCAGCUCAAACUAUCAGGUUCAAUAUCACAACGAUGGACAAACGGUGUGGACGAGUGUGCUUCAUAUCAAAAAACUGCAUUAUUUUGCUUUUGGAAAUUACACUUGUCGAGCAGAAAACAAUGUUGGAUACUCCUCCACUACUGUAGAGCUUAUACCUUCCAAUUUUCCGGAAAUAUCAAGAAACGUUUCUGUCUCCAGUGUCACCCACAAUUCAGUUUUAAUAUCCUGGAAACCAGGUUUUAAUGGGGUACUUCCACAGACAUUCACCGUCCUCUGGAGAAAAGUUGGACAAAAACACUUAUCGAAGGUCGAAGGCAUUACUGGUCCGAGCUACCUUGCUCAGGGAUUAGAUUCGGAAACGGAUUAUGAGUUUUUUAUUACAGCCUUCAAUAAACGUGGAAUAAGCGAAAAACUUGCAGAAAGUUUCAAAGUGCGUACAAAAUGUAAGAUAUUUUUUUAG